AUGCCAUCCUUCUACUUCCUCAAUCUCACUGCCAUUUCAGUUGGGGGUGAAAUGCUCACCCUUCCACCUACAAUAUUCAGCGGACCUGAAACUAUGUUGGACUCUGGCACAGCAUUUAGCUACUUGCCACCCACAGCAUACUCCGCCCUUCGCAUGAUGACAAACUUACAUUCCACUGGGAGAAUUUUUCAUUUCAGUGAAUCUCAAGCAUGCUUACCCUUCGUUGAAAAUGAGGAUGAUAGUGAAGUUGUAAUAAUUGGUAAUAUGCAGCACCUCACUUUCAAUGUAGUCUAUGAUGUGGGGAACUCACAAAUUGGCUUUGGGCCUAAUGGUUGUAGCUAG